AUGGCUGCCAGCGAGCACGAAGCCCACCGGGUGGUCCCUCCUCCCCCGGCACCCACCAUGACCCACCAUCCAAGCCGCAUGCCCAGCUUGCCCACGCCCGAGCUCAUAAGCUCCAUUGCUCCCGGCGCGCACUAUGCUGGAGUCCUGUCAUCAGGAUGCAACGACCCGCGCCAGCACGCACAACAUCGGCGAUCCCAUAAUAAGAAUAGCAUGGUGGAGGAUCCGGCCGUUCUGGGCGCGUACAAAGAGGUGAUGGAGGACCUCAAGGAGCUGUUUUGCGCGAGACCGAGUCGGGAUCUAUUUGAGCGCAGGUGGCGGAAGGACGCGGUGUUUGAAGACCCGCUCAGCAGGUGCGAAGGGUACGGCGAGUAUGCGCCUCAGUGGUUCGCGAUGCCGAAAGUACUAUCCUCGUCGGAGCAAGUCUCCGCCCGCAUCCUUUCCGCCGCACUGUCCCCCAAUCGGCUUUACUACUCUCAGACCCAGGUAUACACAGUCCGUUGGCUUGGGUUAAAGAAGACGGUAACCUCCAUUGUGAUGGUCGAAUUGGACGACGACUUCAAAAUCACAUACCUCGCUGAUCAGUGGAAUGGCGAGGAUCUGCCGACACACUGGGGCGCCUUGUGGCUCAGGAAGCUGAACGCGAAACUCACUUCCUGGGUUGUCGCCAUCCCCAAGUAG